GAGCAUUUGCUGUCAAUGAUUGCUGACAAGCUAGCUGGUUUUGAUGUUUUCAUUGUGCACGUUGGCACUAACAACACUGUUGACAGUGUCAGCGUGUGCAUGGACAAGUAUCGCCAGCUCGCUCAGGGGAUCAUUGAGAGAAAUCCUAUGGUGCAUGUAGCUUUUUCUGCCAUUCUUCCUCGGGGGCAGAAUCAGUACAGCUCAUGGGAAGCUCAGUCCUCAUGGUUGCAUAACCUGAAUGAUAACUACAAAAAGAUUAACACUGGCCUGAUGCAGUACUGCCACGAGUGCGGCUACACAUUCCUGGGUGGUCUCGUGGACAACUGGCCCAGUUGCCUGAGCAGAGAUGGUGUCCACCCGAGCCGCUUUGGUAACAAGGUGCUGGCAGACUUCCUGUACCAGGGGGCCUGCACCCUGUCCAUCCAUCUGGAGAGAAGCCGCAUCCAGCAGUCCUACAAGGAGACCCAGGCACCUUCUUCAUGGACCAGUUGGACUCGGCAGGACAGCAUCCCUGCCAUCUCCGAGGCUGACUUUCCCCCGCUUGAGGCACGGCACCAACCAGCCUACCAGAACCCUUCAAGGUGCUGGAUUUUCACUUGUUGGCGGUGUCCGUGUCCGUUGCAAGGGAAGCAAGGCUUGGUUCACCUGGGACAGCCUGCCUUCCCCCACUUUCCAUGGCACAAGUGUACCAAGUAGGGGAAAAGCCGAGGGGAGGUCUGCUGAGCCAAUGAUCCCUGGUCGAGGUGCAAGCACCACUUGUGUCUGGAAAACUAGGAGAGCCACACAAAAGCAUGAGAGUGCUCCUGUUGUGUGCUCACCUGUGGGGGAAGGAGAGGCCAGUGCUCAAGAAGCAGCUGUGCUAGAGGCUGUCUCCCACUGUGGCGACAGGGAGUGGAAACUGGUAGUAUCGAGGAGGAGGCGGAAGGCUGCAGCACUGCACAAGCAAGAAUGGAGCUGUGACCUGGCUGCAGACAGGAAAGGCAAAGUUCUUGCUGUGACAGCUGCCAAGUUCUUGAAGUUCGCUUCACCUUUGAGAGCAGUUGUAAGCCAGAAACAGACAUGCAUUGACAGUAUAAAGUCUGAGGCUGCUCGUUCUGCUGUCUCUGGUAGCAAGCUUGAAGGACAAGCCAGUGCCCCUCAUGACGCCAUUUGUGAUAGUUUUGGCAAGGUGCAGCAUGUGGCUAGCAGGCAGAAUAAAGACUGCUUGGUAGUUGCUAUGGCUGAGUGCAAACCUGUCAUAAAUGGUGUUCCAAAUGAGGUCAUUGUCUGCAAGUGCUGUAGGUCAGAAACAAUGCAAGAUGGAGGGCAGAUGACGAGCAAUCCUGGCACAGAGGCUGGUGACCUUGACAAAGCUGCGUGCAUUGCUCCCACGCGACGUAGGUGUUGUGAGGUUGCUUUGACAUCUAGCUGCAGGCCUGCCAGCUCUGAUGCCCAGGCUGUUUGUGAAGGAGCUGGUGCUAACACAACCAGAGUUCCUAACACUGUCACUUUAUUGCAUGGUGGAGGCAGCAAAGUUUAUUUAAAUGCAACAUUUGAUAAUUUUAUUUCUUUUAGGCAAAGCUUUGAUGAAUGGUGCAGGGAGGGCAAGCACAUAGUCACAAUAAAUAGGUCUCAUAGAAGUCCAUUUACAACAGAAUCUUAAGAGUUUGAGUAUAUCAGGAUUUCAUAUAGCUGUGUUCAUGGUCGUGCUAUAAAACCAAGAGGCACAGGAAAGCGACCCAAGCAAGCAUACAAUGGUACUGGUUGUGAAAUGGCAGUUUCAGUAAGCCUGUGCAAAUCACCUACUCUUCACUACAAAAUAACCAAGCUGCAAGCUAAGCAUAAUCAAGCCACGAAGUAUUAUGACUUGUAUCCUCAAAGCAGGCUUUUAAACGAUGCAGAGAAGGUAGAAUUCUUUGAUUUUGCCAAAUGUAAUAUUGGCCCAAAGUAUUUUAAAAAUUUGGUCGAGCAGAAAACGGGCAAGAAAUUAACUACAAAAGAUGUUAACAAUUACAAGCAAGGGUUUUCUAUUCCUAUUCGCAACGAGCAGGCUCACGGAGAAAUGGUUUUAGAAAAAAUAGACACCUUGUUAGCAAAUAAUCCAAACUGGGUCAUUCACUAUGAAAAGAAUCAAAGUAAUAACCUGCAAUUUGUGCUACUUCAGACAACGCACAUGCGUGAGAUUUUGGAAAAGUACCCAGAGAUUUUAUUCAUUGAUGGAACAUAUAAAGUAAACAUUGAAGGCUAUAUCUUGUACUCUAUAUUGGUUGAAGAUGGUGGAGGUCGUGGGAGACCUGUGUGUUAUGCCUUUUUGCAAAAUGAAACGACUGAAAUUGUGCAGGCUAUGUUUGCCAAGUUUGCAGAGUUUAACCCGUUCAUUGUAUCUGCUUGCAGAGUAGUCAUGAUAGAUAAAGACAUGAACGAGCUACGCAUUUUGACCAAGAUUCUUCCUAAUUCUGAAAUUUUGUUGUGUACAUGCCAUGUGCUGCAAUGCUUUCAGCAAAAAGUCAAUGAGAAAGCUAGACUGCAGCGUGAUCAGUUACUCCCUCUGUUAAAAAAAAUUGUUUAUUCCUUCACUGUGCAGGACUACUUAGACAGGCUUGCUGAGCUCGAAGCUAUGGCGUCUAAAGAUUUUAUUUCUUAUUACAUGCAGAACUGGCACUCCUGUAAAGAAAUGUGGGUACAUGGAUAUCGGCAGAAACUUCCUACAUUUGGUAAUAACACGAACAAUCGCAUAGAGUGUCACAAUCAAAAGAUUAAAAGUUAUCUCACUUCAAGCAUGCAUUUGGUUCAAGCCAUAGAAGCAUUAGUAAGUUAUAUUGAGAAGGAUUUCUUAUCUCUAAAAUUUUCCAAGUUUAAGGAAAUGAAGCUGAACCUAAAUGUAAAUGAUGUCAGUGAGCCAUUUCAACUAGACUUGGCCCGUAAUUGCACUUCUGAGGCCACAAGUAAAGUACUUGAGCAGUAUGAACGGUUUAAAGAAGUAGGUUAUCUGGUUACUUCCACUGCUAAUUCUUAUGUAGUGGCUUCAGCAAGUUCUGAGCACAGUGUUUCAUUAUGCCUGACGCGUUGCAUGUGUGCUUUUUAUAAUCAGUACAGUUUGCCUUGUGCACACAUUAUAGCAGCUCGCCAUUUUGCCCAGCAAGACCUUUUUGACAAAGCAUGCAUACCGGACAGGUGGUGUAAGGAUCAUUUCCUGAGUGACAGCUGCAUGGUCUCAAGUGCCACACCAGUGGUAACAAGCAGCAUUCAGCUGCUGCCAUCUGUGAAGCUCGACACUGCUCAAGAAAAGUAUUCUUACACCUACAAGAGGCUUUGUGAAAUGUUCAAGACUGUGGCUAAUGUAUUAUCUAAUUGUGGUGAGAAGGAGCUAAUGGAAAAACUUGCAUCAUGCGAGGCAUUCUUCAGAAACUUAGCCACCUUUCCUAGUAAUCAAAUUACAGUUAGCUUACGAGGUACACCAGCUCCAUUACCCCAAUUGACUGCUACGAGCAGUUGCAGGCAUUCGAAUGGUACAAAACUUGUUGUACCUUUGGUAAAAGCAAGAAGAGGACGGCCAAAGAAAGUCAAAGCUGUUAAGCGCAAGUUUUUGCCAUCGCAAAAGCAAAUGGUAAGCCUUGCAAUGGUGACAGCAGACAUGUUAAAUGUCUGCAAACGCUACUCUCUUUCAGAUGCCGAUUUAAAUGCUUUAGUACAGGGCACCUCAAUAUCAGACAGCGUGAUUAACGUAGCACAAUGCUUGAUUCAUGAAAAGUUUCCUCACUGGGAUGGCUUUCAAGAUGUGCUACUUGGCCAUCGUUUACUAUUUACUAAAGUAGAAAGCCCUUUUAUUCAAAUCUUGCAUGUCCGAAAUCCCGAUCACUGGCUUACGGUAACCAAUGUUGACGCUGAUGAAAACACAGUCUUUGUAUAUGACUCAAUUGACCAAGGUACUCCAUCUGAUGCCAUCAGGCAAAUCUGUCACAUGGUAAAAUUGCAGUCACCAACGCUGACCAUUUGCACUAAAGGGGCACAAAACCAGUGCAACACGCUUGACUGUGGCUUGUUUGCAAUUGCAAAUAUGUAUUAUUUAGCAUCAGAUAGGAGACCAGAAAAUUUAAACCUUAGUCAGAGUAUGCUGCGCAGACAUUUGCUGAAAUGCAUACAAAAAGGCAACAUGGAAGAUUUUCCACUCACAAGCUCCCCCACUAUUCGUGUGCGGCCAAAAGAUUGUAUUUA